AUGGAAAAAGAACUAGCUACGAUUAACACUGAAGAAAUCGAUCAUUCUGCCAUCAACGAGCUGGAUGCUGCGUCCAAGGUUUCUUCGUAUGUUUUGCAUGUUUUAAUGAAUUCUAAUAGGACUGCCAAAUCGAGUGCGAAAAAGAGCGGCACAUUUCAGAAGAUGGGAGUGAGUAAACCAGUAUUAGCGGGAAUUGUGAAACUUGGAUUUAAGAUUCCCACUCCUAUUCAAAGAGCCACUAUUCCCACGGCACUGAAAGGAAAAGAUGUAGUGGUAAUGGCAAGAACAGGUAAAACGAGUAUUCAAUGGGAUGAUUGUAUAGGUAGUGGUAAGACAGCGGCUUUUCUGAUUCCAAUGGUGGAGAAGCUGAAAGAACACCACCUGACUGGUGGAGUGCGUGGUAUCGUUCUCUCUCCGACUCGAGAACUUGCCUAUCAGUCCUACCGUGUGUUUAACAAAUUGUCUCACUACACCAAUCUUCGUUCUUGUAUUCUAGUGGGAGGUGAAGCCAUCGAGUCUCAGUUUGAAUCGAUUUCCAAGCAUCCAGACGUUAUUUUUGCGACUCCCGGUCGUUUGAUGCAUAUGCUUCUUGAGGUGCCCGAUUUUUCUCUAUCCUCUCUGGGCUUCGCUCCCCAAUUGAACGACAUCACAGGCCGACUCCCAGUGAAUCGCCAAUCGAUGCUGGUCUCUGCCACACUCCCUCCCAUUCUCCUCGAGUUCUCGCGCGCGGGACUGCACGACCCAGAGAUCGUUCGCCUCGACAUCGACAGCAAGCUCUCUCCAAAUCUCUGCAGCACGUUUUUCCUUGUUCGUCCCGAAGAGAAGACAGCCGCGCUGCUCUUCCUGAUGCAUCGAGUGAUCCCCAACGUGCAAGGCGUGCUCAUCUUCGUCGCUACGCGCUUCCACGCGGAGUAUAUCACCUCCAUUCUGAACCACACCGGAAUUAGCACGGUGUGCAUUUACGGAACGAUGGAGAUGACCGCGCGAACCAUGAAUCUCGCACAAUUCCGCGAUAACAAAGUGCCGGUGCUGGUGGUCACCGACGUCGCAGCGCGAGGUCUCGAUAUUCCUCUUGUGAACACGGUGAUCCACUUCGAUUGUCCCACCUCGCCGAAGCUCUACGUCCAUCGAACCGGCCGAACCGCGCGAGGAGGCCGCGAGGGAACAUCCGUCGUGUUCGCAACGGUGGCCGAGAUUCCGUACAUUCUGGACGUCGCGCUGUUCUUAAAUCAGCCGCUGGAAACGGCGACGGAGGGGUAG